CAAAAGCCGCCCUCCCUCGUUCGAUAUAGCUAUCUUCUACCUAACUUUCAAGAGUUUGAAUUACAUCAAAACUAACAGAAAAUAAGGCUUUCACUUUUUAACAAAAAAACUACAUCUUUUUUAAGUCAAAAACAAACAAAAAAAAAAAACCAUAGAGGAUUUUAUACAACAGGUUUGAAUUGAGAGUGGUGAUACUGAUAUGAUCAGAAAAAGCUCUACAUCAGAAAAAUCAGGCUAUAAAAGAUAAGAGAGCAGGUGGAAUAUAGAUGUUCCUGGUGCUGCAAAGUUAAUAAGCGUUGGAAAAAGCUUUUCAACUAAUCAAAUGCAUGGAAAAAGGGAACACAUCAAGCAAAUUUUCAGAAAACACAAAUUUAAUUUCAAUCAUAGCAUGGGGGAUCCGGUAUCUGAAUCAAAUGAACAAUUAAAGGAGUUUUGGAUUCCUGAUUAUAUACUGAAUCAAGAUUUUCAGCCUGAAGGCUGCUCAUCUGACAUUCCUGAGUGUCCUGUAAUUGUGUUUGUCAACUCGAAGAGUGGUGGUCAGCUUGGUGGAAAUCUUCUUGAAACAUAUCGUUCAUUACUAAAUACUAAUCAGGUGGUUGAUUUGUUGGAACAAGCUCCUGAUAAGUUUCUAAGUACACUCUAUCUUAAUCUGGAAAACCUAAAGAAAAAGGAAGAUGAUUUGGCUAUAAAGAUCCAGGAGAAACUCAGACUAGUUGUUGCCGGUGGUGAUGGUACCGCUGGAUGGAUUCUUGGUGUUGUUUGCGACUUGAAGUUGUCUCAUCCUCCUCCUAUUGCUACUAUGCCCCUUGGUACAGGAAACAACCUCCCUUUUGCAUUUGGUUGGGGAAAAAAAAACCCAGGUACUGAUCAACCAUCUGUAAAGUCGUUCUUGAAUCAAGUCAUGAAGGCAAAAGAAAUGAAGAUUGACAACUGGCAUAUCCUCAUGAGGAUGAAGAUCCCAACUGAAGGAAAUUGUGAACCGAUUGCCCCUCUUGAGUUGCCACAUUCACUAAAUGCAUUUCAUCGUGUUUCCCCAACAGAUUCUUCUAACAUGGAAGGCCACCUUACAUUCCGUGGUGGGUUCUGGAACUACUUCAGCAUGGGAAUGGAUGCCCAAGUGUCAUACGCAUUUCAUUCUGAGAGGAAGUUGAAUCCUGAAAAGUUUAAAAAUCAGUUGGUCAAUCAGAGUACAUAUGCUAAACUUGGGUGCACACAAGGCUGGUUUUUUGCUUCCCUGUUCCAUCCUGCUGAUAAGAAUAUUGCACAGCUGGCAAAGGUGAAGACCAUGAAGAAACCUGGUGGUGAAUGGGAAGAAAUCCAUAUACCUCACAGCAUCAGGUCAAUUGUAUGCCUUAACUUGCCAAGUUUCUCAGGCGGACUAAAUCCUUGGGGGACACCAAACAAGAACAAUAAAGAGUUGACUCCUCCGUAUGUUGAUGAUGGCCUUAUAGAAGUUGUUGGUUUUAGAGAUGCUUGGCAUGGGCUUGUUCUACUAGCUCCGAAUGGCCAUGGGACUCGUCUUGCACAGGCAAAGCGAAUACGUUUUGAGUUUCACAAAGGUGCUACUAACCAUACCUUUAUGAGGAUUGAUGGUGAACCUUGGAAACAGCCUCUACCUGUUGAUGAUGACGCUGUUGUGGUGGAAAUCUCACAUCAUGGUCAGGUGAACAUGCUUGCAACCCAUGACUGCCGUGCAAAAAGUAUACGUGAUCCAUCUUCAUUACAUUAUAGUGCGAAUGAGGACAAUGAUGAUGAAGAUGAUUCUCCAGCCGCAGCUGGUGAAGAGUGGAGCAAAUUUGGUGCUGCUAGCACGUUCAGAAUUCCAGAUGAAGUUGACUUAUCACAUUUAAGUUAGGCCCAUUGCCCACCUCAUUGUGAAUAUCACCAGGCAGUUGUGAGCAAACUCUCAGGGUGGAAUUAAUUCUUUAGUUGCCAUUUAUAUUGGUAAUUGAUUGCAUGUCUUCCAAAUUCAUUAAUAUUCAGUUAUAUAGAUGUAAUGGUUGUUUUCCUCGAGCAAAGAAGUAAAUCAUGGUAUGGUAUUGGUUUCCAGUUUUAAGUCUCCAAUGGUUGAAAAAAUCAUUUGGAGAGCACAAGCAAACUUCAUCUGCCUUAAUUGACUGUAAUUCUUAUUUUCUACAAAGUAUAAUAAGAACAUCAUCAAUUAGCAACCUUCUAAAUGAGGAAUGAGACAAA